GUGCCGGAAUGAAAUCUGCAGGACAAGCUCAGUUCCUCCAGCAGUAGUAGAUUAUAUAAAAUUCACACAGAUACCUGCAUUCUUGGUUUUAUUUAGUGAGUCCUUUAUCAGUUUGAACCUCGGAAACUCCUGGAAGUCUUCUUUCUCAGCAACCCCGAAGCAAUGAUAUUUUCAAGCCCUCCAGGAAAGGAGUGUCCCAAACACUGGAGCUGGGGAGGCAUCGUGGCUUCCAGUCUCAUGGGAUUGCUUCUACUUCAGGCAGUGUCAUGGACAUCAGGUGCCCGUCCCUGCAUACCUAAAAGCUUUGGCUACAGUUCAGUGGUCUGUGUCUGCAAUGCCACAUACUGCGACUCUCUUGACCCCUUAACCCUCCCUGCCCCUGGUAACUUCAGCCGAUAUGAGAGUACACGAGGUGGACGUCGGAUGGAGAUGAGUAUGGGAACCAUCCAGGCCAAUCGCACGGGCACAGGACUUCUACUGACCCUGCAGCCAGAAGAGAAGUUCCAGAAAGUGAAAGGAUUUGGAGGGGCUAUGACAGAUGCUACUGCUCUCAACAUCCUUGCUUUGUCACCCUCUGCCCAGAAUUUGCUCCUGAAAUCAUACUUCUCUACAGAAGGAAUUGAAUAUAACAUCAUCCGGGUACCUAUGGCUAGCACUGACUUCUCUAUCAGCACUUACACCUAUGAUGACUCCCCUGAUGACUUCCAGCUGCACAACUUUAGCCUUUCAGAAGAAGACACCAAGCUCAAGAUACCCCUGAUUCACAGAGCCUUGAAAAUGACCCAGCGCCCCAUCUCCCUCUUCGCCAGUCCCUGGACAUCGCCUACUUGGCUCAAGACUAAUGGGGCAGUGAAUGGAAAGGGGACACUGAAGGGUCAGCCAGGGGAUAUCUACCACCAGACCUGGGCCAACUACUUUGUCAGGUUCCUAGAUGCCUAUGCUGCGUACAAGUUAAAAUUCUGGGCAGUGACGGCUGAGAAUGAACCUACUGCGGGGCUGAUUACUGGGUACCCUUUCCAAUGUCUGGGCUUUACUGCUGAACACCAGAGAGACUUCAUUGCCCAUGACCUGGGUCCAGCCCUUGCCAAUAGUACUCACCGCGAUGUCCUGUUGCUCAUGUUGGAUGACCAACGCUUGCUGCUCCCCAGAUGGGCAGAAGUGGUACUAAAAGACCCAGAGGCAGCUAAGUACGUUCAUGGCAUUGCUGUACACUGGUACCUGGACUUUCUGGCUCCAGCAAGAUCCACCCUGGGGGAAACACAUCGUCUGUUCCCCAAUACCAUGCUCUUCGCCUCUGAGGCCUGUGUGGGCUCCAAAUUCUGGGAGCAGAGUGUACGUCUGGGUUCCUGGGAUCGUGGGAUGCAGUACAGCCACAGCAUCAUCACGAACCUUCUCUACCACGUGUCUGGCUGGACAGACUGGAACCUUGCCCUGAACCCUGAAGGGGGACCCAACUGGGUCCGCAACUUUGUCGACAGUCCCAUCAUUGUGGACAUUGCCAAGGAUACGUUUUACAAACAGCCCAUGUUCUACCACCUUGGCCACUUCAGCAAGUUCAUUCCUGAAGACUCCCAGAGAGUGGGGCUUGUGGCCAGUGAGAAGAAUGACUUGGACACAGUGGCACUGAUACGACCUGAUGGUUCUGCAGUUGUGGUGGUGCUAAAUCGCUCUUCUAAGGAUGUACCUCUUACCAUCAGUGAUCCUGCUAUAGGAUUCCUGGAGACCGUCUCACCUGGGUAUUCCAUUCAUACCUACCUGUGGCGUCGCUAGUGAUGGAGCAGACACUCAAGCAGAUACCUGGGUUCAGCAUGGACAUUAAAAGGACAGUCAGCUCA